AAGUGACUAUUGUAAGUGUUUGGAAUUGAAGUGGUGCAAUGGGUUCAAGUGAGGAAGAGGUGACCCUUCUGGGAGUUAUUGGAAGCCCAUUUGUUUGCAGGGUGGAGAUAGCCCUAAAGUUGAAGGGCGUUGAAUACAAAUACGUGGAAGAGAAUUUGAGCAACAAGAGUGAAGAGCUUCUGAAAUACAACCCAGUUCACAAGAAGGUCCCCAUUUUUGUUCACAAUGGGAAGUCCAUAGGAGAGUCCCUUGUGAUUGUUGAGUACAUCGAUGACACGUGGAAGAACAAUCCCAUCUUGCCUUCUGAUUCGUACCAGAGAGCCCUGGCUCGUUUCUGGUCCAAAUUCAUUGAUGACAAGGUGGUGAGGAGUUCAUGGAAAUCUGUUUUCACGGUUGACGAGAAAUGGCGUCUGAAGAAUGUUGCAGAAGCAUAUGAGAGUCUGCAGUUUCUUGAGAAUGAGAUAAAGGAGAAGAAGUUCUUUGGAGGAGAGAAGCUAGGGUUGGUAGAUAUUAGUGCUGUCUAUGUUGCAUAUUGGAUCCCUCUGAUUCAAGAAAUAGGAGGGAUGGAGUUAUUGACAACUCAGAAAUUUCCUAAUCUCUACAGGUGGAGCCAAGAAUUUGUGAACCAUCCAAUUGUUAAAGAAUGUCUUCCCCCAAGAGACCCAGUCAUUGCCAUUUUUAAAGGACGUUAUGGAGGCCGUUUUGUUUCAAAAUAGAUUUGAUGUUCUAAGCAAAAUUGUGUGGAGUUCUUGUGAUUGAGUUGUUGCUGUUACUUGCGAGAGAUUGAGUUGUUGCUGUGAGUUUCUGCAUGU